CGGGAACGAGCUGGCGAUCCUCGGGAACGCCGUCUAUGCCGAGUGGCGACUUCAACGCUUUGCCAAAAGGACUUAGGAAGGAUGCGGAAGCAGUAGAGAGGAUGCAGAGGAGAUUUACCAGCGCGCUGCCUGGAUUGGAGAGCGUGUCUUAUGAGGAGAUGUUGAGCGAGCUGGAGCGAAGGAGGAUGAGAGUUCAACUACACUUCUAGGACAACUUACAGUGGCCCACGCCAGAGAUAAGAGGCUCUUGACAAUUUACAGUGGCCAAUUCACCAUAAAACUGACACAAGUCUGGAUGUGAGAGCACCCAGGAGAAUGCAGAUGGAGAAUGCAGCAAGUCCCCACAGACUCCGUCACUGGAUCUGUGAGGAUCUGUGUGUGUAGCUGGUGAUUAUGGCUGCUGCUGCUGAGAUAAAGGAAGGCAAGCUGAAGCUUGAAGGACAGGAGCUGUUUUACAGAUGGGCGAGCCCCACCGAACAGCUCCCCAGGUUGUCUGUCCUGUUGCUCCAUGGCAUCCGGUUCUCCUCUGAGACCUGGCUGAACCUUGGAACACUCCAGGAGCUGGCAGAGGCAGGGUACCAGGCAGUAGCCAUCGAUCUACCAGGCCUGGGUAACUCUAAAGAAUUCACUGCUCCAGCCAAAGUGGGGGAUCUUGCUCCCGACAGUUUCCUCUUGAAUGUGCUGAAGGGUUUGCAGUUGGAUGCAGUGGUGAUAAUCAGCCCAUCACUGAGUGGAAUGUAUUCACUGCCGUUCCUGUUUAGCCACAGUGAUAUGGUAAAGGGGUUCAUCCCUGUGGCCCCCAUCUGCACCGAGAAGUUCUCCGCUGAGCAGUACGGGAACAUACAGACCCCGACGUUGAUAGUGUACGGUAGCAAUGAUAAACCAAUGGGAGAGGAGUCGUUUAACAAUCUUAAACACCUUUCUAACAACAAGGUGCAUGUAAUGAAUGGGGCACCACAUGCCUGCUACCUCAGCAAUCCCAAGGAGUGGCAUCAGACAGUGUUGGAGUUUCUACAGAAUCUGUCCUAAACCCCCUUGGACAUUGAUCACAGCAACAGAACAUUCUAUUAUUGAAUUAAUUGUUAAUGUCAAUCAUUUAUUAUUACAACAAUCAGAAUACUGCUUGUUUGAUCCCUGAUAUCUUUCCCUUAAAAAUAAUAUAGAUUUGUUACAGCUUCAGACCUUCAUGCUGAACUACCUGAGCUUCUCACCACUUUGGACAUUCAGCUGUCCCGUGUGUAUGUUCACACAGAGGACUUGGAACCUUCCACAGAACUUUGUUUUCAUUUGUCUGCUCUGGUCAGAUUAUGUAAAUUAAUCAGGAAGAAAUGUUUAUUUUUCAGUCCAGAACUGGCCUGGAUGAGAGGGGUAUGUAGGUCAUUACAGGGGAACACUAAGUCUAUUUACAGUGGGAAUCAACAUUCUUAUAACUUGCACAUUUGAUCCAUCUGUUCUUUAAUCACUUUUCAAAUCACCCCACUUGAUUGCUUUUUGGCAUACGUCAUCUAGAAUGGAGUAUUACAUGCAGCUGUGGUCACCUUCCUACAGAAAGAUAUCAUUAAGAUUGAAAGGGUACAGAUAAAAUAUACAAGUAUCUUGCCGGGACUUGAAGUUACAGUGAAAGGUAGAAUAGGUAAGGACUUUAUUCCUUGGAGUUUAGCAGAAUGAGGAGAGAUUUGAUAGAGAUAGUAUCUAGAGGGCAUGAGUUUAAGGUGAGAGGGAAAAGAUUAAAAAUGAAUUUGGACAACUUGUUCUUUUAGAGAGGAAGAGUGAUAUCUAUGUGAAAUGGGCUGCCAGAGGAAGUGGUUGUGGCAGGAACAACAGCCUUUAGAAGGUAGUUGGAUAUACAUGGAUUGUAAAAAGGAUUUAACUGUCUGGUCACUUCUGCUUGUCUUUGGCCUUUCACAGCUCCAAAUCUACCAUAGGCUUGAGGCAUGGGGCCUUGUAUUCUAUCUGGGCAAACUGGUAAUGCAACAGUUUCAUCUGCACAGUUCUGAUAUAAACCCAUAAGCUCAUAUUUUUCUUUCUUGGGAGAUGCUAAUUGGGCUGCUGAGUAUUUCCAUUAUUCUCAUUUAUGUUAGGUAACCAAACAACUGCUGUGCACUGCUUCUCAGUACAACAUUUCCCCCAUUCCUUCUGUCCCUCCACUCAGCACAUCCUUCAGAAGUGUGAUUGACCAGUGCUCCCAUGCUCUUUGACAACACUUAUGUAAUGCCCUGGUUAAUAUUUUACUGUUAUGCUGUAUGUAUUUCAUUUUGGCAGUUCUGUUAGAGCAGUCUGUUCUGUUUUCAUGCUUGUUUGGGUUACAGUUGAAGAUGAGGGAGAGGAGAAAUGGGUGCCAUCCAUUUAAGAUGGUCAGAUUAAUGGGAGGUUUCUCUGGUGAGGGACACUAAGGCUGGGCUUGGUGCUUUUGUUCAAGAGGAGAUGGAGAGAGAAGACGCUGGGGAGAACCGGUCAUAGCAUACGAUCCGGUGGGAGACCCGUUUGUUGGAGAUGGAUUGUGAGUGACGUUUGAAAGGUGGAGUGUGCUUUCAUGUUGACCGAGGGCCCAGCACAUGAGUGACCGAGACGUUCAAGAUGAGCUCCAACUUGUGCACAUUUGACUGUUUAAUUAGAAUGAGCUGUUUUCUUUUUGUUAUUCUUUACUAACCCUUUAGUUAAGAUUCAUAAAUAUAAUUCCUUUACUUGUA